CUCUCUCUCUCUCUCUCUCUCUCUCUCAUGGCUUCCGUCUCCAAUCUACCAAACCCUACAUUCUCAUCUCUGAAAUUCAAAUCCUCCGAUCGGAAAAUAUCGAUCGAUGUCCACGCCAUACCCUCGAUUCGAAGAAGAAUUACACAUUCUAGCCUCUCGAUUGGAAGAAAUCAGGUCAAGAGGAGCUCAUCAAUUGUAAAAUGUUCUCAGACGGAUGGAAAUGGUGCCCAAAUAAAGAGAACAACUCUCCACGACCUUUACGAAAAGCAGGGGCAGAGCCCUUGGUAUGAUAAUCUCUGUCGUCCAGUCACCGAUUUGCUGCCGUUGAUUGCAAGCGGAGUCAGAGGUGUCACCAGCAAUCCGACGAUUUUCCAGAAAGCAAUCUCGUCAUCAGAUGCCUACGAUGAGCAAUUCAGGGAGCUUGUUGGAAAAGGAAAUGACGUAGAGAGUGCAUACUGGGAACUCGUAAUAAAAGAUAUACAAGAUGCAUGCAAGCUUUUUGAACCGAUAUAUGAUCAAACGGAUGCGGCAGAUGGAUACGUGUCCGUUGAAGUUUCGCCUAGGCUCGCUGACAAGACAAAAGAAACCGUGGAUGCUGCUAAAUGGCUGCACAAAGUGGUGGACCGUCCCAAUGUAUACAUAAAGAUUCCAGCAACAGCGGAAUGCGUCCCUUCCAUCAAGGAUGUUAUCUCAAAUGGAAUAAGCGUAAAUGUUACUCUAAUUUUCUCUCUUCCUCGAUACGAAGCAGUCAUUGAUGCUUACUUGGAUGGCCUUGAGGCCUCCGGGCUUAGCGACCUCUCCAGAGUUACGAGCGUCGCGUCUUUCUUUGUCAGCCGUGUUGACACGCUCAUCGACAAGAUGCUUGAAAAGAUAGGAACACCAGAAGCUCUCGACCUCCGGGGAAAGGCUGCAGUAGCUCAAGCAGCACUUGCAUAUAAGCUGUACCAAGAGAAAUUCUCAGGACCACGAUGGGAGGCUCUGGUGAAGAAAGGUGCCAAGAAGCAGAGGUUGUUGUGGGCCUCGACCAGCGUUAAGAAUCCCGUGUACCCGGACACCUUGUACAUUGCUCCUCUCAUCGGACCUGAUACGGUAUCGACCAUGCCGGAUAAUGCUCUGCAGGCAUUCAUCGACCACGGGACUGUCUCCAGGACGAUUGACUCCAACUUGUUGGAGGCAGAAGGCGCCUACAGUGCACUCGAGAAGUUGGGGAUCGAUUGGAGCGAGGUUGGAAAAUUGCUUGAAUUCGAGGGCGUGGAUUCUUUCAAGAAGAGCUUUGACGGCCUGCUUGCAAGCCUGCAAGAGAAGGCGGACUCUCUCAAGCCGGUCAGCUUGUAAGAAGCUUUUGCUUGAUCUUCUGCUAUGUCAUUUGGCUUUAAUAAAGCUGAUUUAUGUGAA